AUGCGCCGCACGAACCUUGACGGAUGCAGGUCAAUUACAAACAACCCUCAGAGCCCUCGCCGUGACUUGAUGAUAUAUACAAAGAAUCCCUAUUCCUCUCUCAAAGCUAAUUUUACCAUCCAUUACUCUUCGAUCGUAAUCCCAACAAGGCAGUAUAUCGAUAUCAACAGCUUUCUCGAACACCUCUUCCAUCGACAGUACCUUCCUCACGGCAAUAAUGUGCAUAUCGGAAGAUUCUAUGAAGAAGCUUCUGAUGCCUACGAACAACGUCUACAGCUUCUCAUACCCGAUGACGAUGAAGAAUUCAAAAACAGGUUCCUUCAGGUCUGUAAACUCAGCGACAAACAAAAACAAGAGAUCAGAAGAUACCUCCUCAUCGAACGUUAUGGCAUUCAAGUAGCCCAGUGUGAGUCCUGUCAGGGACUUGAGGUUCUUUGUAGAGUGCAUUACUCCGAAAGACGUUGUGGCUCAUGUAUCGCUGCUCAUCGUGACUGCAGCUACAGAGAAACGUGGGCCGAUCGAAGUAGCCCUCUAUUUUCAACGACGAUUGAAGCUGCACCGUCAAAUUUGGCUGGACAGGAUAGCGAACGACAACGUGACCUCCUCGGCUGCAAUGGUCCUGCUAAAGCCAUGCAAGCCACUCAACAGAUACAAGCUGAGCUCUUGGCCAAAAAGCUUCAAGAAGUAGCCGAAGGGAUGAAGAGCUUCCAGAUUGCUACAUCGAACGAAAAUGCCGAAGUUGUUCCGUCGACUAAAGCUCCAGUCCCGAUCUGGACCUGUGAAGCGGUCCUAGCUAUCACGGUGCUGGAUUUGGGCUAUGAAAAACUUCAGCUACGUUACCGUGGCUCCCGAGAGGGUGCCUCGGGGUACCAGGUCACAAACACGAAGCCAAAAUAUGAAAAGCGCGAAAAGUUGAGUUCAACAGCUGGGAUAAAGAAAUCCAGGCAUGAAAGCAAAUCAAAGAAGGUUAAAAAAGUAGCAAAGGGAGCAAAGAAGUCUUACUCCGGUAGAGAAUUGGAUUACGAUUCCGCCUUUAGUGGAACUGCUUCCGGUGUGGCAUCGGGUUAUAAUACUGACUAUAGCACUGACUAUAGUGUCGAUGUGAGCGACUAUUGCCCCACUGUCGAUGAUGGAGACGAUAUUGUUUCUGCUCUUGAAUUAUCCGCUUUCGUAGACUUGAAGGGCCACCUUGAACAUUGA